CUUUCACUGUGUUUUCGAUGUUAGGGUUUAUUUUUUAGCGCCACAGGACAAGUUCUAACUUAUUUAAUUUAGUUAUCUAACAACUGGAUUUUGCUUUUCAUUCAAAAUCCCAAAAAACCCGAACUUGUUGCCAGGCUUCUGAGAUCAUUUUAUAUCAUUUACCACCAUUAAAACUUGUGUCCUCGGAGUUAAAGGUAUGGACACACAUGCAGUGCAGCAGAGAGAGCUCCUGUCUGCAGCCGGUAGCUAGCCAUGCCUAGCUAGGUGUCUUAUGCUGCUGGACUCCUUCUCUCUACCUGAAUCGUGGUCAUAACCUCCAGGACUUUCCAGGACUUUGAAGUCCUCCUUGGCCCUCUCUGUACUUGACCAUGGGGGAAAGGCGUGCACACUCUUUUCACAUGACGUGCCACGUACAACGCGACUAUGGCAGCAGGAUGGGGAGCUCCUUCAUAAGUUGCAGACCCAACGGAUACGCCAGCACGAGCCUCAGCCUCAGCCUGGACCAGGAGAUGGACGCGGCCUCCAUUGGCACUACAACUACCAGCUCUGCCCUACGGGCUCCUGCGCCCGACAGGAGCCACUACUCUCCUGUUUCACUGGAACUAGACCCCACAGCGGUGAAUAAUGGAUCAGGCAUUCCCUGCUGUCCGCCAGCAGACACAAUGAAGCCAGCGCGGCAGACCAUACGCAGCCAGCCCUCCAUCACCUCUGGCCCUCCGCCUCUCCCUCGUUCGAGCUGGCUGCAUCAUCAUCAAAAGGAUUUCCAGAGCCCGUACAUCAAGACUAGCAUGCAGGGGGAUGUUUACAACUUCCUAGAGAGACCUGCUGGAUUGAAAUGCUUCCUCUACCACUUCCUCGUCUUCCUCAUGGUCCUGGUGUGUCUAAUCUUCAGUGUCCUGUCCACUAUAGAGCAAUAUGCAGAGUUCGCCACGGGAACACUCUUCUGGAUGGAGAUUGUGCUGGUGCUGUUCUUUGGCACAGAGUAUGUGGUCCGGCUGUGGUCGGCAGGCUGUCGCAGCAAAUAUGCGGGCAUCAAAGGACGCCUCCGCUUUAUCAGGAAGCCCAUAUCAAUCAUAGAUUUGAUAGUGGUCAUUGCCUCAAUCAUUGUGCUCGGUGUAGGCUCCAAUGGCCAAGUGUUUGCCACGUCUGCUAUCAGGGGCAUCCGUUUCCUCCAAAUCCUGCGCAUGCUACAUGUGGAUCGACAGGGAGGAACGUGGAGGCUCCUGGGAUCUGUAGUCUUUAUUCACCGACAGGAGCUGAUCACCACCCUGUACAUCGGCUUCCUGGGCCUGAUCUUCUCCUCCUACUUUGUUUACUUGGCGGAGAAGGACGCUGUGGAUGAGGAGGGGAAGACGGGCUUCUCCAGCUACGCAGAUGCCCUGUGGUGGGGCGUGGUGACCGUCACCACAAUCGGCUAUGGAGACAAAAUUCCUCAGACGUGGAUUGGCAAGGCCAUCGCUUCCUGCUUCAGCGUCUUCGCCAUCUCCUUCUUCGCUCUGCCUGCUGGAAUCCUUGGCUCAGGGUUUGCCCUGAAAGUCCAACAGAAGCAGAGACAGAAGCACUUCAACAGGCAGAUCCCUGCUGCAGCCUGCCUCAUCCAGACACUGUGGAGGUGCUACGCAGCAGAGAAACCAAACGGCUGUGCUGCUACAUGGAAAAUGUAUGUCCUAACUCCAGAGGCCGUCACCACAGUGGAACAUGACAACUUCAGCCCCAACGUCAGGAAACUGAACAUAUCGAAAAAGGGACCCAAGAGGAGGUUGAAGUCCAGAGGAAAUGGCGCCAUGGGUGUGGGCUCAGAGAGAGCUGUAUCGAUCCCCCAGAUCACCUACGACCACAUUGACGACUCUGAGGAGAAGAAAGACGUCCCAUUUUUCCUGGAGGAGCCGAGAGGAGCUGUUGAAGGAAUCACCAGACUCUUCAGACAAACAGGCCCUCCUCAUCACUCUUGGUCGUCUUUCACUCUGAGCUGCCCUGCCUCUCCAGUAAGAAGGAGUCAUGAUCACAGCACCUCCAUUGACAUCUCCCGCGCCAACAGCUUAACAGACGAGCUGGACUACAUGACUGAGGACAUUCCCCUGCCUGUGGUGACAGCUCAGUUGUCCCAUGCCCAGAGAUCAGCUGUAAAAGUCCUCCGCAGAAUGCAGUACUUUGUGGCCAGGAGGAAAUUUCAGCAAGCGCGGAAGCCCUAUGAUGUGCGAGACGUGAUCGAGCAGUAUUCCCAGGGUCACCUCAACAUGAUGGUCCGCAUCAAGGAGCUGCAGAGAAGGCUGGACGGCACACUGGGGAAGCCAGGAAUGUUUCUUCCAGGAAAAGGAGAAGAUAAAGAAUACCCAACUAUUGGAGCGCGACUGAUCAGGCUAGAAGAUAAGGUGCAUAAGAUGGAUGAGAAAGUGGACUCGGUCCUGCGGAUCCUGACGGAGCAGUUUCCACCGAAGCUGGAGCUGACGUCCAAGCCGUCCAUCCGCAGGGUGACCAUUCAGAAAUGCAUGGGUGCUAGCAUCGACGAGGAGCUCUGAUGUCGCAGCGAUGGUCACGCCGGGUAUGAUGCUCUCAUCACCAAAGGAGAAUUAAAGGACCAGGAGUUCACAUAAACAGCCUAGCCCCACCCAUGGGGGGCUAGCCUGCAAAUAAAAAGGGGACUCAGUCUUCCAAACCCCCUCCCUCUCUUCCAUAUCCACAUUUUCUCAUUGACUUUUUACCACUGAGAAGAGAACAACUUUUUGUCGACUUGCUCUGGGACAUGAGGGCAAGAGCACCACGGAGCACGGUGUGGAAAGGAGGCUGACUGAACUCUUCCUUCUGAUGAUUGUUGGCCCUGCUUGGGUCUUUUUGUUGUUGUUGUUGUUUUUGUUGUUGUCUAAAUGUAGCUUUCUCUUCUGCACCAGCAUUGUGGGCUCUCAGUCUUCCCCCUGCAGAACACAGUCAUUCAAGCAGUGACACGCUACAUGAAUUUAUUUCACUACAUUAGCCUCAUAAUCACACUACUCAGAUAAUGUUAAUUUAUGUGUGGCCUGUCACUGAGCUGCAUUCCUCCACUCCAAAUAUUAUUCCAAAGCUAACUAACCCAGUAAUGAAGUCGUAAUGCAAUCAAAGCACUCGAGUUCCCCAAAGACACAGAGAAAAACUGAGAGUCCAGCCAUGGCAGAGGCAUUCCUCAAAUCCUUCUGAUUAUCUUGGCACCAUCCACACCCAGUACACAACAGGCUUAUUUCCAUAGCCACAUAUCCAUCUAGCCUAACUGUACUUAGGCUGCGGCGGGUGUUUGUUAGUAGUGAUCGAAUAACAUGGGGAGGGAAGGGCAGAUUAUCUGUUGACUUUGCCCUGCGUUUCGGGACCGGAAGGCUGGAGUAAAAGAAACGGGACUAAAGAAAUGUAUCAGGGGUGGGUGGCUAACAUGGUGCUGAUUUAUAGCUACACUGAUGCUAACGAAAAUAGCUGAACUGGGCUGAAGUCUCUCACUUUGCUCCAAGAUUUUCACGGAGAGAUUUCAUGCGUAUAUCAAUCUCAAACACUUUUAGCAGCACCACUACUCACACCACCACCAGGACCACACUUAAAACCCUCUAUUCCCCUCUUCAGGGGGCUCACACUGCUGUGUGCAAUUUGAAAUAAAUUUGCCCCAUUAAAGCUCUGAUUAUUUUUUCUCUCCGGAGCUAAUUAAGUGCUGAAUUCCUGGUAAGGGGAGAUUACUCACUGUGAGUGACUAAUGAAAAGAAACACUGGAAAAUGUGCAGAAUUUAAACAGUAAGCUAUGAGGAGCAGGCGCACUAAUUCUGUGUGAAAGCUUUGGAAAUAUCAGGCUACCACUGAGAGCGCACGUUUGAAAUAAAAAAAGACAAUGCUCUCACUUUGUUCCCAUACACGUAGUAUUUAUCUGACAGGACGCCGGGGCAUGUAGGAAGUAGAAAAUAGAAAAUAACUCAACUAUGUAGCUACUGUAUGAAAGGCCUCUCAUAAUUAUAGCAUGCACGUUCCUGAAGAGACGGAUGCACACACACACACACACACACACACACACACACACACACACAUACACACACACACACAAAAGAGGGGUGAACAAGGGAAGGGGAAGGAGGAGAGGCCUUCUCUCUGCACUAGUAUAUAUUUUCAUAUUUUUGCGGUGGUUAAAAUAAUAGCUAUUAUUUAUCUUACAUCAAAUAAAGUGGUUGUAUUUUAAAGGCACUCUAAUUUUGUGACAGACCUUGAUACAUAUCCGCCUGUAUUCUCCUGUACAGUUUUAUAAGAGUUGUAAAUAGAAACAUUGCCUUAUCGUACUGUAUUUAUUAUCAUGUGGAAAGAUCAACCUCGAACAUAUCUGCGAGAUGGAGCGAUGAGAAGCACAGAGGGUAAGGCUCCUGUUGUACAGACGGAUGGAAAUGAUUGUAAAUGAUAUUCACGCACACCCUCUGCACUGUAGCGCUGCUGUAAAUAAUAAAACUCCAUUUCAUUUA